GGCGCGGGGCGGCGGCGGGGCCCGGCGGCCGGAGCGAGCGCUCGGCGCGGGUUGCGGGCGCAGCCAGGGGCGAUGGAAGGUGAGGCAGUGGAGGCCAUCGUGGAAGAAUCGGAGACUUUCAUCAAGGGCAAGGAGAGGAAAACCUACCAGAGGCGCCGUGAGGGCGGGACGGAGGACGAUGCCUGCCACAUGCCCCCCAGCCAGGCCGAGGGGGCCGAGGUGGUGCAGGACGUCAACAGUAGCGUGCAGAUGGUGGUGAUGGAGCAGCUGGACCCCACCCUGCUGCAGAUGAAGACCGAGGUGAUGGAGGGCGCCGUGCCCCAAGAGGCAGAGGCCACGGUGGACGACACCCAGAUCAUCACCCUGCAGGUGGUGAACAUGGAGGAGCAGCCCAUCAACCUGGGCGAGCUGCAGCUGGUCCAGGUACCCGUGCCAGUGACUGUGCCCGUGGCCACCACCUCUGUGGAAGAGCUCCAGGGAGCUUACGAGAACGAGGUUUCCAAGGGAGGCCUGCAGGAGGGGGAGCCCAUGAUCUGCCACACCCUGCCUCUGCCAGAAGGCUUUCAGGUGGUGAAAGUGGGGGCGAAUGGGGAGGUGGAGACCCUGGAACAGGGCGAGCUGCAGCCCCAGGAGGACCCCAACUGGCAGAAGGACCCAGACUACCAGCCCCCAGCCAAGAAGACGAAGAAGAACAAGAAGAGCAAGCUGCGCUACACCGAGGAGGGCAAGGACGUGGACGUCUCUGUCUACGACUUCGAGGAGGAGCAGCAGGAGGGGUUGUUGUCCGAGGUCAAUGCAGAGAAGGUGGUUGGCAACAUGAAGCCUCCCAAACCAACCAAAAUCAAAAAGAAAGGUGUAAAGAAGACAUUCCAGUGUGAACUCUGCAGCUACACCUGUCCCCGGCGCUCCAACCUGGACCGCCACAUGAAAAGCCACACCGACGAGAGGCCACACAAGUGCCACCUCUGUGGCAGGGCUUUCCGGACAGUCACGUUGCUGAGGAACCACCUCAACACUCACACAGGUACUCGCCCUCACAAGUGCCCAGACUGCGACAUGGCCUUCGUCACCAGCGGGGAGCUGGUGCGGCACCGCCGCUACAAACACACCCACGAGAAGCCCUUCAAGUGCUCCAUGUGUGACUAUGCCAGCGUGGAGGUGAGCAAAUUGAAGCGCCACAUCCGGUCGCACACCGGGGAGCGACCCUUCCAGUGCAGCCUGUGCAGCUAUGCCAGCAGGGACACCUACAAGCUGAAGAGGCACAUGAGGACCCACUCUGGAGAGAAGCCAUACGAGUGCUACAUCUGCCACGCUCGCUUCACCCAGAGUGGCACCAUGAAGAUGCACAUCCUGCAGAAGCACACAGAGAAUGUGGCCAAGUUCCACUGUCCUCACUGUGACACUGUCAUAGCCAGGAAGAGCGACCUGGGGGUGCACCUGCGGAAGCAGCACUCCUACAUCGAGCAGGGCAAGAAGUGCCGCUACUGCGAUGCCGUCUUCCACGAGCGCUACGCCCUCAUCCAGCACCAGAAGUCCCACAAGAACGAGAAGCGCUUCAAGUGUGACCAGUGUGACUACGCCUGCAGGCAGGAGCGGCACAUGGUGAUGCACAAGAGGACACACACCGGGGAGAAGCCCUACGCCUGCAGCCACUGCGACAAGACCUUCCGGCAGAAGCAGCUCCUGGACAUGCACUUCAAGAGGUACCACGACCCCAACUUCGUGCCCGCGGCCUUCGUCUGCUCCAAGUGCGGCAAGACCUUCACCCGCAGGAACACCAUGGCCAGGCACGCAGACAACUGCUCCGGGCCCGACGGUGGCGAGGGCGAGAACGGAGGAGAGACCAAGAAGGGCAAGCGAGGGAGGAAGAGGAAGAUGCGCUCCAAGAAGGAGGAUUCCUCGGACAGUGAGGAAAAUGCUGAACCGGAUCUGGACGACAACGAAGAUGAGGAGGAGACAGCAGUAGAAAUCGAGGCUGAACCAGAAGUGGAGCAAGAAGCUCCUGCACCACCUCCCAGUAAGAAGAGAAGAGGAAGACCCCCAGGCAAAGCUGCCAGCCAGCCCAAACAGUCCCAGCCUGCAGCAAUCAUCCAGGUUGAGGACCAGAACACAGGAGAGAUCGAGAAUAUCAUCGUGGAGGUGAAGAAGGAGCCUGACGUUGAGACGGCGGAGGAGGAGGAGGCGCAGCCUGCUGUGGUGGAAGCUCCCAAUGGAGACCUGACCCCGGAGAUGAUCCUCAGCAUGAUGGACCGGUGAUGGAGGCCUGGCAGGGCGCUGCUGACUGGACUGGCCUGGGCUGUGUUUAAACGGCUCACUUCUAAUUUUUGUUGUUGUUGUUGUUUUCCCUUUCCUUUGGUUUAUUUUUGUUGGUUUUGGCUUUGGGGAAUGCAGAUUUUAGCCCUUGUACCAAGCCUGCCGGGGGGAGCCCAGACCUGCCGAGCGACCGCGGGGGGUCAGCGGCCUUCACCUCUUGCCCGUUUGUGCUAGGAUCAUGGAACGUUUAGCAACUGUCCCGGGGAGGGAGGUCCCUGAGGGUUUCCUGCCAGGUGCUGCUGGGUUGAGGUUUUUGUGCUCUGCCCCACGGGGGCCACCUCCAGCCGCAGGCACUGCUGGAACCCGCUAGAGGAAAUGUGAUGAACCACUCUGGACCUGCCCCCUGCCGGUUUCCCAGAGCCCCCCCCCCUUCUCCUCUGCCCCCGGUAGUGUUUUUAACGGCAAGCCCCCGCCCUCGGGAGGCUCCCAGCCUUUUAGCCUGCCCGGCUGGUCUGUCCUGUUGGGUUUCCUUUGGCUGUUCCCUGCCGCCUGGCCCCGGCUCUGCCUCGGCGGCCGCACAGAGUAACACUUGGCUUGCUCCAGCUGGCUCCUCCUCUCCUUAGGCUGCUUUGCCUUCUGCAGAGCAUUUUGUCAUGGUCAAGCUUGUAAAUAACUUUAAUUUGGGUUUUUUUUGGGGGUGUUUGGUUGGGUUUGUUUUUUACAUUUUAAUCUUUUUUUUUCCCCCUCCCAUCAAUUAAGAAGUCUGCAACCCUCCACUUGACAUAACCCCCCCGGGAUUUUAAUUCCUUCUGAGCUAAGCCAAGAGUCUGAUGGAGCAGCAGUGCUGGGAACGCUGUGGAGACAGGACAAGGAAGGAAGGAGAACAAAAAAAGCCCUGAGAAAACCUGGGUUUGAAGCACACCAAACUGGAACCAUGUGUGAUGAGCCUCCCGUUUUUGAGUUCUGACCUCCAGACUCCUGUUUCCUUCCUGCUCUAUCUCAUAACUCUCUCAUUGGUAUUUCUUUUUGCUUUGUGUUGAUGACUCCUACAGUAAGGCAUAAAAAUGGUGAUUUAUGAGUGGGAUUUGGGGGGGGGGGGGGGGGGAGGGGAAUGGUCACUGCAAGCCCUUGACCUGGGCCAGAAGAUUUUUACUUAGGUCAGUAAAUGAAACCGUUUUUGGAUCUCUUAAUGAUUAAACAAAAAAGCAAACAAACAGACAAAAAAAAACCCAAAAACAAACAAAACAAAAAAAAAAAGGAAAAGAAAACCACCAAAAAAUACCAAAAAAAAAGGAAAAAAAAGGUAAAAUGGAAAAAAAAAAGGGUAAAAACUACUUAAAAACAAAAAAGGGUAAUGUGAAAUACAAACUGAUGCCUGUCCAUGACCUGUCACAUGGUAAAAUAUGUAAGCUUUUUAUAGAGCCUCAGUCUUGCUGAUUUCAACCCAACUUUUUCUUCUAUGUAUCGCUUUUACCAGAGCUAUCAGGUUAGCUACCAGAGCUUAGGUUGAUGCAUUUUGUACUUAGCUGUACUGUGUGAGAGGUUUUUUUUUAUUUUUUUUUUCCAUUAUUUUAGGAAGCCAACGUGGGGGAGAAAACAAACAAAGGCAAACAAAUACUGUUAUAAAAUAUGUAAUGGGGUUGGAAAGCUGGGAAGGAGAAGAUGCUGCUGUACAGCUAAUAAAUAAUAAUGGAUUAA